AUGGUGAAGAAGCUCGGUCAGUGGCUCGAGGUCUACUGCGCUCAACUGCAAAGACUGGCCGACAAGAUCCGCAAGGAGCACGCGAAGCUCGACAACGUUCGCCUGCUGCACGAUAACGCGCGUCCUCACAUCGCGGAGAAGAUUUCCCAGAAAAUUCUGGAGCUCGGAUGGGAAGUUCUACCGCACCCUCCGUACAGCCCGGACCUGGUCCCGAGCGAUUACCACCUCUUCCGAUCGUUUCAGCAUCACCUGGAGGAGAAGCGCUACGAUGAUCGUGACCACCUCGAAAAUGACCUUCGGGCUUUCUUCGCCUCCAAGUCGCCGGAGUUCUACGCUAAAGGAAUCCGUGAUCUUGUGAGACGUUGA